AUGAGACUGGAAAAUAUCACCCAGAGUAGUGGACAUUUUGUGACGGAGUCUUGUGGUCACGUGCUUGGUCCUGACUUUGGAGCAUAUCUUGAGUUUGACAGGGACCUAGUUUUUAAUGAGAAGUCCAAACCUAAGGUCAACAUCGCGGAACAGCUCAAAGGACAGCUGUUGGAAUGUACCGUGAUCGUGCGCGGUAUGCCGGCGACCCCAGGAGUGUUCCCACCAGAAAAGCGCUACAUGGGUAUCUAUUGGCGGGAAUUUCUAAUCCAUGACCCAAAGGUGAAAAAGAGGCUCGGAUCGACGACCGCGAAGGAUUGUGGGAAGGCCUACGUGACGAUGUAUAAUGGUAAAGACAAGGCAGCCGCUACCCAGUUCUUCACGCUCUGUGGGGUGGACACUGUAGCGCCAUCCUAUGAGUGGGAGGGGGAGUACAUCACUCUCUAUUUCUACCUUGACUACCGAAACCCCGCCCUUGGCAACGGGACAACACUACCACCUGACACCUCCGCUACGCUUGAUCCAAAAGCAACGACGCCUGUGGACGAUUUCGAUUAUCCUGAGGUCUUCUUCAAGCUCGACGUUACGUCCUUUGGUUACGCAUGUAAUGAAACGGUCGAAGGCGUGGUGAUGAUGUGUAACGAUAGUAAGCGAUGUCUAGAUGAUUCUCUUCGAUGUGAUUACUGGUACUCCAAGAACUGUCUCACCGAGUUCUUCCCGAAAGAUUCAUCGGAUGUUAGCAAGAAGUAUCCCGGAAAUUGUGGAAAACCCAAAAAGCCAAAGCCAACAACGACGACCCCAGCGCCCCCUGUUCCACCCCCAGAUUUUACUCCCCUCUACAUCGUUGUUGGUCUCAUAGUCGGCCUCAGUGUCCUCUACUGGUGCUGCUGUAGACCUGGAUGGUUGCCUUGGAGAUGCGCGAGACUAAGGAACUGUCCGUGCUGUAUUUCAUGUGGGACGUGCUUCGCUACGUGCUGUCCGGUGUGUUCGCCAACUGGGGGUCCCGGCGGUGGGGCAGGUGCUUGUUACUGUGGGGGCGGAAGCGGAGGUCCCACAGGUGGGGCUGCUUGGAAAGGACAUCUGUUGGAGAAUGAAAAUGGCUCCCCCGGGGACAGCUCGCCCGGAGGUGGCGCUCCCCCAUUCACAGUGUUCGGAGGAGGUGGAGGUGGCGGAGGAGGAGUCACGGGUUCUCCAUGGAAGAAGAAGAAUGCCAUCAGCCCAGUGGAAAAUGAAACUCCCAAGAAAACCACGCCCUCUAUUACGUCAGACCCGGAUACGGACAGUACGGCCCUUUCCAAUGGUUGGCUUAACUUCCUGUCAGGGGAUGGUGGCCAUCUUAGAGAACAUCGUUAG